CCCAAUCGCCUUCAACAUCUGAUCUCCGGCAAACCCGGAAGCGAAGAGCUCUCAAUCCCGGCGAGAAAUGGCCGAAUCGAUGUCGAAGGAGGAGAUACUGGACGCGCCGCUCCACACAAUAGGCUUCGAGAUCGGCGACCUGUCGCCGGAGAAAGUCACGGGGCGGCUGCGGGUGACGCAGAGGUGCUGCCAGCCCUUCAAGGUGCUGCACGGCGGCGUAUCGGCGCUGAUAGCGGAGGCGCUGGCGAGCAUCGGCGCGCACAUGGCGUCCGGGUUCCGGCGUGUGGCCGGAGUCCACCUCAGCAUCCACCAUCUCAGGCCGGCCCGCCUCGGCGACCUGGUCGUCGCCGAGGCCACGCCGGUGAACGUCGGGAGGACGAUUCAGGUCUGGGAAGUGAAGAUUUGGAAGAUUACGGAGGAAGAGGAGAGAGUUCUGGUCUCGUCUUCCAGGGUGACUGUAUUGGCGAACUUGCCGGUGCCGGAAAACGCCAUGGAUGCUUCGAAGAACCUCAAGAAGUAUGCCAGAUUAUAAAAAGCUGUUGGGGUUAUAAAAAAAAUUAAUAUCUCUUUGGAAACCGUGUUAGAGAUUAGCAUUAGCUUUUUGGAUAAAAUUUUAAUGAUGCAGAUUACUUUGAAAAUAUUAACGCUAAACGUUGUACGUAAAUAGCGUUUUCAAAACGCUAACACUAAACUCGUUAUUCACAAAGAGGCUUUUAAUAUAAAAAUAAAAAGCUGUUGGGUAA